UCCCGGUAACCUCCUCUGCCUUCCCGAGCCUCUUCCCUCUCCCUCCCUGCUCUACGCGUGUGUGUGUGUGUUCCUCCCUCCCUACUUCCUUGUCUCCUGACAGCUGUGCCCAUUUCCCUCGGUUCAUUCCUUCCUUGCUUCUGUGCUGUGUCCCUGUGCCCUCCUUCCCCUCUCCUCUGCCCUUCCCCCUGCCCCUCUCUUGAUGCCCUCCACCACCUCCUGGCGCUUCCUGUGUGGCUCUCUCAGAUCUAGCCCGGGAUAAGUUGUGUGAGAUCGGGGCACACAUGGGGAGCUCAGCGUCUUCUCUGGCAGCCGAGGGCAAGUCACACCAUGGCUCCAUGGGCACCGCGUACCCUGCACUCAGCCUGCUGGGCUGGCAAAGGAACGGGGUCCCCGGGCCACUUUGGCACGGCUCUGUCAUUCCCAUGUACAGGAUGCACAGGCUUCCAGUCCCUAUGGCUGCCCCCUCUUCCUGUGGGGAGUGGUCAUGCUGCCGCUGCACCUUCCUGAAUCCCCAGGGGCAGCGACAUUGCUCCAUCUGCGAAGCUCCACGCCACCUGCCGGACCUGAACCACAUCCUGCGGCUCAGCUCGGCCGAGCAACACUGGUCCUGCAGCCGCUGCACCUUCUCCAACCUUGCUCCCGUCAACCCAUCUCCGCCUUCAGCAGGUUGCCAGCUUUGUGGGUUCCUUCCACCUGCGGCCGUUCCCAAUGGCAUCUCACGUGGACCUAAUGAGGAUGCAGGAUCUCCCGCCGAGGAGCCAGAAGUUGAAGACAUUACUCCUCCUAGCCUGCCAACUUUACCAGCUAUUGGUUGGAGUUGCCCACGCUGCACUCUGGUUAACACUCCUGUGUCAAGUUCCUGCUCUGCCUGCGGUGGGCCACGCAAAUUGUCCUUGCCUAAAAUCCCGCCAGAGGCGCUUGUGGUCCCUGAGGUUGUCCCACUUCCUGCUGCAUUUCCUGGCGCAGAUGAACAAGCCUCAGGUCCUCUUCGUGAACCAGAUUCUCCCAGACCGCUACCGUCACUGCCACUGUCGCCUGGACCACAUAAUAUUCCCGUUCCAAGAAGUCGGAGGGAAGUAGCACCAGAUAACCCGCUCUCUCCUCCUUCCGUCCCGAGCCGCCUUCCUAAACGCCUGAGUGUCUUGGAAGAGGAAGCACCGGUAGCUGAAACAACUCCAUCAAUUGCUGAUCCACAAAGUCCCGACACCAACUGGCCAUGUGGGAAAUGCACUUUUCGUAAUCUCAGCGGGGCCAGCAGGUGUCGAGUCUGCGGUGCAGUGCGGGCAAAUGAGGGUCUUAAUGGUUCAACUGGAACUGAGGGACUACCGUCACCCUCCAGCUCAGGAGUGAUUACCAUACCAGCUCCCCGUAGGGCAGAGUGGGCCUGCCCGGCGUGUACCCUCUUAAAUGAGACUCGAUCCACGCACUGUGUGGCUUGCCACACGCCACAGGGAUACUUGGCACAACACCACAAGCGAGGAGGGAGGAUGCUGCGGCGCAGAGAGAGUGUCAGGGCAGAGAUACGAAGGCAGACAGAUGAGGGCGAGGCCAAGGAGCUUUGGGAGAAUAUUGUCAUCUUUUGUAAAGAGAACAGGGUGAAUUUUGUGGAUGACAGCUUCCCCCCAGGGCCUCGUUCUGUUGGCUUUCCGGAGUCGGACAGCGUCCAGCAGCGGGUAAAGCAAUGGCUUAGACCUCAAGAGAUCAACUGCACCCUCAAAGAUCGCGGGAUAAAGUGGACUGUCUUUCGCACGCCGCGACCGUCUGACAUACUGCAAGGGCUGCUGGGGAACUGCUGGUUCCUCAGUGCGUUGGCCGUGCUGGCAGAAAGACCAGAGCUGGUGGAGAGGGUGAUGAUCACAAGGACAAUCUGCCCAGAAGGAGCCUAUCAGGUCCGACUAUGCAAAGAUGGGACAUGGAUCACAGUCCUAGUGGAUGACAUGCUGCCCUGCGAUGAAGCUGGAUAUCUGCUCUUCUCCCAGGCCCAAAGAAAGCAGCUGUGGGUGGCUCUUAUAGAGAAGGCCCUAGCAAAGCUGCAUGGAUCCUACUUCGCCCUUCAGGCGGGCAGAGCCAUCGAGGGGUUGGCCACUCUUACUGGAGCUCCAUGUGAAAGUCUGAUGCUUCAGGUUAGCUCUACUAACCCCCGAGAGGAGACCGUGGACACAGACCUCAUCUGGGCCAAAAUGUUAAGCUCUAAGGAAGCCGGCUUUCUGAUGGGAGCAUCUUGUGGAGGAGGCAACAUGAAGGUGGAUGAUGCGGCCUACGAGGCUGUAGGCCUGAGACCGAGGCAUGCCUAUUCUAUACUUGACCUCAAAGACGUCCAUGGCACCCGACUCCUCCGCCUGCGUAACCCAUGGGGCCGCUUCUCCUGGAACGGGAGCUGGUCAGAUGAAUGGGCCUUAUGGCCAGCUUCUUUGAAGCAUGAGCUGAUGCCACAUGGUAGUAGUGAGGGUGUUUUCUGGAUGGAAUACAAUGACUUUAUAAGGUAUUUUGACUCCGUUGACAUCUGCAAAAUCCACACAGACUGGCAUGAAGUCCGGGUCCAGGGCACAUUUCCCAACAAGGCCUCCGUUCCGGUGACGGUCACCUCCCUGACAGUGGUGGAACGCACAGCACUGGAGUUCUCACUGUUCCAGGAAGGCAGCAGACGAUCAGACACAGUGGACAGUCACCUCCUGGACCUCUGCAUCAUGGUUUUUCGAGCCUCUCACGGUGGCGCCGGGAAGGUCAUGUUGGGCCGUCUCAUGGCACACAGCAAAAGGGCAGUGAAAAAGUUUGUAGGGUGUGAUGUCAUGCUGGAACCCGGGGAAUAUGCUGUCGUCUGCUGCGCAUUUAACCACUGGAACACCGUAAACCUGACCGGCUCGUCCGUCAUUCAAGCUUCCAGUCCCACAGGCAGCAGUAAUAAUCGCCGCUCGGUUGCAGACCCCAUGGGGUACGUCCUGGCCAUUUAUAGUUCUCGGCUCGUCAUGGUUGAACAGGUUGAAGCACAGCCAACGACGCUUGCAGACGCCAUCAUCCUGCUCACCGAGGACAAGGGGGAGCGGCAUGAGGGUCGUGAAGGGAUGACCUGUUAUUAUCUAACACACGGAUGGGCCGGGCUCAUCGUGGUUGUAGAAAAUCGCCACCCCAAGUCGUUUUUGCACAUUCAGUGUGACUGCACAGACAGCUUCAACGUAGUGUCCACCCGUGGCAGCUUAAAAACCAGCGACAGCGUCCCACCGCUUCACAGGCAGGUGCUGGUCAUCUUAUCGCAACUGGAGGGCAACGCUGGCUUCUCGAUCACUCAUCGACUGGCACACCGGAAGGCUAACCAGGCUUCCCUAAACGACUGGAUGUCCAGCAAAGGCACCCACAGCCCCCCUCUGUCCGCGGAGGUAUCCGGCCUACACGGGCCCCGGCCGCUAUGACACACGUCCACAGAGCCACAUCCCAUCACGGCUGGACUGCCCAGGUUCAGUGGGAGCACUUUAGGGACUGACUGAUUCCUUGGAAAAGAGAACUACACUUGAAAUCUACUCAGGACUUAUAUCCUGUGUAUACAGGGACCCUUCCCCCAUCCCUUGGUCCUGUCCCUCCCUUUUUUUUUUAUUUCCUGCUUUCAAGGCCCACAUUAUAAGUGAAAGCUUUAUCAUUGUACUACGUUUAAGCAAUGCAGCCCAUUAUAUAUAUUUUUUUCUACAAUAUGUCACCUGCACAUACAGUCUUAUUAUAUAAGGCAGUUCAUAGAGCAGUGAUGGUGAGCAAAUUGCAUUACCCCCUCCCCCCCAUAGCACA